AUGGAUUCUGCGGUUGUUUUUGAAAAUGCUAUACGUAUACAACAGGCUCUGAGCGUUAUCGGGACUCUCAUGCUCACCGCCUACCUCUUCCCCAGGCAGGCCACCGUCAAAGAUUUUGAAGAAUACGACUUCAUAAUAGUUGGAGGAGGAUCGGCAGGGAGCGUGAUAGCCGAUAGGCUAUCUGAGUGUUCUCAGUUCAAGGUGUUGGUGAUAGAGGCAGGUGGUGAUCCACCUAUGGAAUCACUAGUACCGGUGCUAUAUCCAUAUCUCUCAAAUUCGCAGUAUGAUUGGAAUAUAACUUCAGUUAUUGAGCCAAAUGCGGGUAAUGGUCGAAAAACUAAAGAAUUUAAUCUAGUAUGUGCACGUGUCUUGGGUGGAGGCAGUAGUAUUAAUUAUAUGAUGUACGUGCGCGGUUGUCCUGGAGAUUACUAUCCCUGGGCUAGACUGAGCAACGAUAGUAAUUGGGCUUAUGAUAAUAACUUACCAUACUUUAUAAAAAGCGAAAGAAUGGUUAGCAAGGAAAUUUUACAGUCCCCCUACAGAUUGUACCAUGGUACGAAAGGUUUUUUAGGUAUAACUAGGGAAAACAGGCCAGAAACGAAAAAAUAUUUACAGGCGUUCGAAGAACUAGGUUAUGAUAUAGUUUUUGACGUCAAUGGGAAACAAAGUCUGGGAUAUACAUUGCCACUUAAUACUAUAGCUGAAGGAAUACGACAGACAACUGCUUAUACAAAUCUAGGAGCAAAUAAACAUAGGAAUAAUCUUUAUUUGUUAAAGCGUACUGUAGUUACUCAAAUUUUAUUCGAUGAAAACAAUAAUGCUAUCGGCGUAAAAGCCCUUACACAUGAUAAUAAAAGUAUAACGCUUAAAGCUAAACGUGAAGUUAUUGUAUCAUCUGGCUCUAUUAAUACUCCUAAAUUACUCAUGUUGUCAGGCAUUGGUCCAAGAGAACACCUAGAAUCGCAAAAUAUAAAAGUAAGGAGUGCAUUGCCUGUUGGCCUCAACUAUCAAGACCAUUGGUUACUUCAACUAUCGUUUAAAAUGGAAAAAAGUGAAUUGCCUGCCAACCCAAUUAAAUCAUAUCAAAUUCCAUUUCCAGUUGUAACUGGGUAUGUGAAACUUAAUAAAACGAAAUCAUGCGCCGAAUAUCAGACCGUUAAUACAAUUGUACCAAAUGACCCCGAAGGUCCUCCUCUAUCGUGCACCUUUAAUUUUAAAUAUAAAGAUAAUAUUUGUCAAAAUUUGUAUGAAGCAAGUAAAGGUAGAAACACAAUGGAAACCGCAUUGAUUUUAUUACAUCCCAAAUCAAGAGGCCAAAUAACACUUCGUUCAUCAAAUCCAUUGGAUCCACCAAAUGUUUUUACUGGUAUAUUUUCCGAUAAAAGAGACUUGGAAGAUUACACCAGCUACGUUGAAGAUUUUGUUAAAGUUGUAAACACGACUUAUUUCAAGAGUGUCCAAUCUGAAAUUAUUGAUUUAAAAUUACCUGAAUGCACAGAUUGGACGUUUGGUAGUAGAGAGUAUUGGAGGUGUUAUGUACAAACAAUGGCGACGACAUCGCUACACUUCAUUGGCACCGCAUCCUUGGGGUCCGUAGUCGAUAGUAGGCUACGUGUUUUAAAUGUAAAUCGAUUGCGUGUGGCUGAUGCGAGUGUUAUGCCAUCACACACUAGCGGUAAUCCGAACGCGGUUGUGAUAAUGAUCGCUGAAAAGUUGGCUGAUUUUGUGGAACAAGAGCACGGCCAUCAUGGUCAGUGUUCUUAG